AUGGCUAUCUUUCUCAGUAAGAGACUGUUGAGGUACACCUUUUUUGCCGGUGUAGCCCUCAUUUUGCUGCUAACGUUGAACUCCAAUAGUAGUACCCAACAAUACGUCGCUUCAUACUUACCAUCUGCGUUUGAUUUAUCCUCACAUGACUCCUCCUCUGUUGAAGAACAGUUGCUUAGUGAAAAAAGUGAUGCUGAGAAACUAAAAGAACAUGCUUUGAACCCAGAAGUAGAUACCACAGCCACGAUGGAUGAGGAAUCCAAGGCUCUCAAAGCUUCUGCCGAAGAGGCUGAUGCUCCAUUAGACACGAAAAAGGAUAGUAAGGGCAAGGUAGACGGAACUACAUCCACAGGCUUGGAAAAGACCACUAUGGAUUAUAUCACCCCGUCCUUUGCUAAAAAAGGUACCAAACCAAAAGCUUGCUACGUUACUUUAGUAAGAAACUCAGAACUAUAUGAUCUGUUAAGCUCCAUUAAGUACGUGGAAGAUAAAAUCAACAAGAAUUUCCCUUACCCUUGGGUUUUCUUAAAUGACGAACCAUUCACCGAAGAGUUCAAGGAAGCAAUCACUAAAGCUGUCUCAUCCGAAGUUAAAUUCGGUAUCUUGCCCAAGGAACACUGGUCGUAUCCAGAAUGGAUCAACGAGACAAAGGCUGCUGAAGUCCGUAAAGAAGCAGCCAACCAGUAUAUCUAUGGUGAUUCAGAAUCUUAUAGACACAUGUGUCGUUAUCAAUCCGGUUUCUUCUGGAGACAUCCAUUAUUGGAUGAAUAUGAUUGGUACUGGCGUGUGGAACCAAACAUCAAGCUACACUGUAAUAUCAACUAUGACGUUUUUCAAUGGAUGCAAGAUAAUGAAAAAGUUUAUGGUUUCACCGUCUCCAUCCAUGAAUAUCCGGCCACUAUUCCUUCCUUAUGGGAAACUUCGAUGAAUUUCAUAAAAGAGAAUCCUCAGUACGUUGACAAGAACAAUUUGAUGAAAUUUAUUUCCGAAGAUAAGGGUAAAUCAUAUAACAUGUGCCAUUUCUGGUCAAAUUUCGAAGUUGCAAACUUGAAUUUCUGGAGAUCUCCAGCAUACAUGGAAUACUUUGAUGCUUUAGAUCAUCAAGGUGGGUUCUUUUACGAAAGGUGGGGUGAUGCUCCUGUUCAUUCCAUUGCUGCUUCUUUGUUUUUACCAAAGGAUAAAAUUCACUAUUUUUCAGACAUUGGUUACUAUCACGGGCCUUAUAAUAACUGUCCGUUGGAUAAAGAUGUAUUUGAAAACAACAAUUGUGAAUGUGACCAAGGAAAUGACUUUACUUUCCAAGGUUACUCUUGCGGUAAAGAAUAUUAUGACGCUCAAGGUUUGGUAAAGCCACAGAACUGGAAAAGCUUCCGUGAUUAG